AUGAUGAGGGGUAAGAUAAAAAUGGAUAUAAUAUUAAAGAAGCUGAAAGAUUAUUACAAGAAGGUAUGAAAAAUUGAACUAUAAAUAGGAGUGGCAUUACAUAAUUUGAAUGAAUAUUAAGAAGCCAUUGAAUGUUACGACAAAGCAAUUUCCAUGAAUCCUAAGUAUGAUAAAGCGUGGUAUAACAAAGGUAAUUAAUUUUUUUACAUUAUUUUUUAGGAUUGGCAUUAAAUAAUUUGAAUAAAUAUUAAGAAGCCUUUGAAUGUUACGACAAAGCAAUUUCCAUAAAUCCUAAGCAUGAUAAAGCACGGAGUAACAAAGGUAAAUUUAGGUUAUGCCUUACACUAAUUAUAGAAAUACUAUGAUGCACUCUCAUGUUACGAUUAAGCUCUAUCUAUUACUAUUAAUCCUCUAAGACUAUAACGUAAAGGUACUAUUAACUUUUAAAUUAUUUAGCUGAUUCACUAUUUGAAUUAGGGAAGAAAUCAGAAGCAAAACAGUUUUAUUUGGCUGCAUUGGAAAAGGAUCAAAUGACAAAAAUUACAUUUAGAAAUAACUAUCAAAGUUAUGAAGCAUUAUUAUCCAAAUUAUGUAAUAAGAUAAAAUAUAUUUUACUAAUCAACUCUCUCCCUUUUUUAUAUUGCAAUAAUUUUCUAAUUUUUGUAACAUAUUAUAAGCUGUCAAAUUUAAGUUUAUAAAAUUUAAUAUAUAUAUCUUUCUGUUUAAGCAGAAAAGAAUAUUUUUGCUUUAUAUAAAAAUUAAUAUAAAAUCAAGCACAUCAUUUUUUCAAAAUCCUAAAGAGUUUAUUAUUUUAAGCUAACUUAAUAAGAUAUAAAAUCUUUUUAAAAAAAAAAAUAAGACUUCAUGCUAUAAAAGAAAAAGAUAAAUUCUUAAUAUUAAGGUUAUAUCAAAGUAAAGAUCAUAUAGUCUAAAAGUAAAAUAGAACUUUUGAUUGCAAAAUAUUAAAUUCUUUAAAUAUAGGCUGCUAAGAUCUGGCAUAUAAGGAAAUAACUAUCUUUGAUAAUUUAUUCUCCUUUAAAUGA